AAAUCAACUUCUUUUAUACCUCGAGCUGUGCGGACUCUUCCUUAAAUAACCAAAAGCCUUACAAGUUACCACACUUUACACAUAUCCAUGUCACGUUGAGUAAUAAUGGAAGAUGAGUAUGCAAGGCUUGUUUGGAGAAUGAACUCACCAAGGGUUGUGAUUGACAAUCGUUCUUGUGAACAUGCAACUGUUAUAGAGAUUGUUAGCUUGAAUAGACAUGGAAUUCUGCUCGAAGUGGUGCAAGUACUUAUGGACUUGAAUCUCAUUAUAACAAAAGCUUAUGUCUCUUCUGAUGGAGAUUGGCUCAUGGAUGGUACUAUACAAGUUAUUAAUGUCACGGAUUGUGAUGGCAACAAAGUUAGAGAUGAAGGGGUCCUCAAGUAUAUACAGAAGACUCUUGAGACUGAUGUCUGCUUCUUGAAGUCAAUAAAAUGUUCAGAAGGUUUAAAACCCAUCAAGAAUCAUACCUCAAUCGAACUAAUUGGCACUGAUCGACCGGGAUUUCUAUCUGAAAUAACAGCAAUCUUGACAGACUUCAAGUGCAGUGUGUCAAGUGCUGAGUUCUGGACACACAAUGCAAGAGCUGCAGCUAUAAUUCAUGUCACAGACCAGUCAACUGGCUAUGCAAUUGAAGAUCCCUUAAGGCUAUUCAAAAUCAAGAAUCUUUUCAGCAACAUCCUUAAGGAUCACAAAAAUGAUUUGAGGCCACCAAACAUCACAAUGUCUUCUUCUUCUUCUCUUUCUACUUCAAAUCAAACUCAGAGAAGAUUGCAUCAGAUGAUGUUUGCUGAUAGAGAUUUUGAAAAGCAUGAUGGAGAAGUUAAGGAUAGCAACAAAAGAAGCCAUGCAUGUGUGUUGAAUUGUAACGAUAGAGACUACUCAGUUGUCACUUUGCGGUCCAAAGAUAGGCCAUUUCUGAUGUUUGAUACUCUAUGUUCUUUAACUGAUAUGGAAUAUGUGGUCUUCCAUGGAACUCUGAUCACUAGAGGAAUAGAAGCUUACCAGGAGUACUACGUAAGACAUGUUGAUGGGCUUCCAAUGGGUUCGGAGGCUGAGAGACAGCGUGUAAUAGAAUGUCUUGAAGCAGCCAUUGAGAGGAGAGUCACUGAGGGGGUGGAGUUAGAGCUUUGCACAAAGGACAGGUUUGGACUACUUUCGGAUGUUACCAGGAUAUUUCGUGAGAAUGGAUUGAGAAUAAGACGAGCAGAGAUCUCAACAAAGAGUGGGAAAGUGAAAAACACUUUUUUGGUCACGGACGUAUCAGGCAACCCUUUAGAACAUAAGAUUGUUGAUUUGGUUAUAGGUCAAAUAGGACAAACGACACUAAAGGUGAAAGAACAUCACUUGGUUAUGUCACCAAAGAGACCCUUUGAAAGAGCAAGAAGCUUCCUAUUUGGGAACUUUCUCAAAGGUGAAAGUGUUUAAAGUUCCCAAUCCAUGAUUGUGUUGGCUCCAGGUAGCUUCCAAGAAGGAUCAUGGAGCAAAACAAAAGAACAUAACAUGAGUAAUCUUGUUUGCAUUCAGUUUCUCAUGUAAAUUGGUUAAAGGAUUGAGUUUGGAUGAUGCAAAAUUCACCAGUAUAAUCAUAUUGUACAGAAAUGAUUUAUCAUAUUCAUAUAGUGACUGCCUUUUUUUCAAUU